AUGCGCUACUUCAGACCAGGCCGUCCGCUGGUCGCGGCAACAACGUCCUUCGUGCUUUCAUCGUCCCGCACCUUCCACUCGCAGCAUCGCACUCCCCUCAUUCCACAGGCACACGUCAAUGACAGGCCUACGGCGCAGCGCAUUCACGUUGGCUAUUACAUUCACCGCCAUCAAGUUGUGAAGCACUCGCUGCACCCCCUCGAAGUAGAGAUGGGCUACCUUCUUGAGCGCGAACAGCAACGGUACAGCCGGCACGAGUCUGCAGAGUCAGCAACAACCUUCUUCGCGAGUCGCGGGCAGACAAUGGACGUUCUCGGCCGCACUGACCCCAAUCAGAUCAAAGGCAACUUCUUUGGGUUGGAGCACUACCAGGAUGCCAUGAAGCUGGUGAUGCAGCGCUACACCCCAGAGAAACGUGUGACAGCUGCGGACAUGUGGAAGCCGAGCGGCUUGGGCGACGCACCGCCUCCGCGCCACACGCUGCACCGCAAGCUGGACGACUUUCUGUACCUCAUCGUCCAGGAGGAGGCAGCGGGGAAGUGGACCAUUCCCCACACGGCGCGCAGGGACGGUGAGUCGCUCCGCAUGACGGCCGAUCGCGCCAUCUCCACCCAGAACCUCGAGGGGUUGGACUGCUACGUCUGGUCGAACGCGCCGCAGGCGACUGUGUUCCUCAAGGAUGACAACACGCGGCUAUUCAUCUACUCUGCAGUGUACCUCGCCGGCCGUCCGCAGUUUGCCUCCUACGAGCCCAAGCUGAAAGAUCACGCGUGGGUGACCCGGCACGAGCUGCUGCAAUACAGCGACAGCUUCAAGAGUGCAGAGCUGCUCAAGGCUCUCCUCGACAUUAGCGCCGACGGCACCUUCGAGGUUUAA